AUGAGUUUCUUGGACAUCUUGCCUGCCGAAAUUUUGUUACACAUCCAGAGGCUUCUCCCAGUUGAAUCCCAGGCGAUACUUCCGCUCCUCAAUCAUAUGAUACGAAACAAAGUCGGACAUCGGCCCAUGACUCUGGACAAGGAGGCUCAACAUCGACUUUUACGACUACUCGAAUGCGACGGCGUGUAUGCGAAACCUCUUUUUGUCGCAUGCAAAGACUGUGAAACCUUUCACUCGCCCUCAUCAUCCGUCCCGCCGAAGCCAGGACACCAUUGUGAUGUCGUUGAGUCUCACUCGUCCAACCCACGACCGUGCGCUGUUCCCAGAGUUUCACUUCCCGAGGAUCACCUCUACAUCGGUGCCAAGAUGUGGUCAAACUUUUUGCCGUGGAAACUGCGAUUUAACAUGGUUGCAGGGCUUCUGAGAUCCCAGCGCCUGCGGCCGUCAGGGUCCGUUGCGAAAACAUUGCCUGUAUCCAAGGAGUUCUAUAGAAUUCCGAACUUCUGGAUACAACGGCGGACCGAAUGCCGAAUCAUCAAUGGUUCUCUGUACCUCAAGACUCGGGACAUCGUUCAGUUGCAAAGAGGUACGCGCCAUACCAAACCUAGGGGAAAGUUCCUGGGAAAGGACGACAGGUUCUGGUACCUCAGCGGGUGUUGCCCUCAUAAUCACCGAACUUGGACAGCCGGCGACCUGAAAGAGGUUUUGAAUACCGGCAGCUGUCAUGAUGUUUCACUUGGGUCCACCACAAAUACGACAGAGCAAGGCAGUAUUUGGGAAUAUGGGCAGAAGCCUCCAAGAGUUGUUGCCGAAAACAACGGGAAGAUAUUCAGCUGUGAGCGUUGCUGGAUGGACUACUCCUUCGAAUUCUGGACCAAUCCAUCAUCCAAAGCUCGCAUGGUAAUAUUGACGAGCUGGAGGAAUCUUGGGAAAGGGACGACGGAUAACGAUCCGAGAUGGCGAUCACAUUUGCAGCGCUCCUGGGGCCGUCCUACUAGAAGUAGACUCUGCCCCAGGCCGGCAAAAGGUAUCUAUGAGGCGUAUGAGAAAUCGUAG